UAUCCAUUAACGUAAAGUUUAUCAAGACAGUCAACGUUGGUUCGCGAGAAAAAUAAGGCUCGGCCAUAUAUAUGUAACCCGGCAAAAAACCAUGUUAUCAGGGCUAAGCUUUUCCUGAAUUUUAUUGAUAAUUGCAAAUAUUUUAUUGACAAUUUUAUUUAUAAAAUAAUUAAAUAGUGCUUAUUAGAUUUUUAGUAAUAAUAUCCACUCAAAUAUAUUGAUAUCUUUUUUUUUUUUUUGUAGGAUAUAGGAGGAUGCUUAUAUUAGGAUUGAUUUUUUUAUGGAUAAUAUUGUUUAUUUUUUGUUUGCACAAAGAUUAUAAACAAAUAAUGAAGAUUGUGUUAGGCAUUGCCUAGUAUAAUCUUACCUUACAAACCCAAUAUUAAAAUCCCAAUGAAAUCAUGCCCUAUGUAUCUAAGUCUAACCUAUCAAAAGCUGAAGACGUUUGCUUCUAUAAAAGGAAAAAUAAAGAUUCACACUUUGGUAUCGUUCUGGUAUUUCCAUAUCAGAUAUUCGGAAAAGAAAAGAAAAAAGAGAAAAAAACCAAAAAAAAAAAAGAUGAAAAGAAUGGUAAGUUGCUUCUGACUGAAACAAUGGAUUUGGGUACCCAAAAAAGAGCAGAAGACUAAUUCUUCAAGCAACCAAUCCACACUACUAAUAAUAACAGUUUCUAAGAAAGGAAGAAAAACUCAAAAGAGAGAAGAGUGAGUUGAAGAAGAAGAAGAGGAAGAAAGAGAGUUUGAGAGAAAAAGAUAUCACUUUGAUGGAGCAAGUGGUUAUGGAAAAUCUUUUCAAUGGUGAUAGAGAGGCUCAGAUUGAGGCUGCUAAUGAAAUUGCUAAUCUUGGUAGUAAACAAAGGCAUAAACUAGCUGAAAGAGAUGUAAUCCCACCGUUGAUUUCUAUGCUUCAUUCCCAAAACUAUGAAGCCAUUGAAGCUGCUCUGGUUGCACUGCUCAGUCUUGCCUAUGGCAGUGAAAGGACCAAGAGGCGUAUAGUCAAAUCCGGGGCUGUACCAGCUUUAUUGAAUCUCCUUCAAUGCCAAAACAAGUCUCUAAUAGAGCUCACAGUAGCAUCAAUGUUAAUCCUGUCAUCUUGCAAGUCAAACAAGUUACCAAUCGCCUCAUCUGGGGUCAUCCAAAUCUUGGUCGAGUUUCUCAAUGAAGACUUAUCAAACGAUUAUAUUAGUAUGCAAACCAAGCUUGACGCCAUAGCCACCCUCCACAACCUUUCAACAUGCCAUGAGAUUAUCCCAUCGUUUGUUUCUUCAGGUUUAGUCUUUUCCUUGCUUCAACUCAUCCACGUCUCUGAAAAGUCAUCAGAGUUUGUCCUCAAAGUGAUUGCGCUGCUCGAAGACAUUGUUUCUUUGUCGAAUGAUGCGCUGCAGGAAGCUGCAGGCACAUCGGGAUCAAUUCGAGCACUGGUAGAGACGAUUGAAGAAGGCUCACCUGAGUGCCGAGAGCACGCGGUGAGGAUCUUGCUGUUUGUAUGCAAGAGCUGCCGAGACAAAUACAGAGGGUUGAUCUUGAAGGAAGGAGUGAUGCCGGGGCUACUUCAGCUGAGCGUUGAUGGAACUUGGAAGGCUAAGAAAAUGGCUCGGGAGUUAUUGUUGCUUUUGAGAGAUUGCUCCAAUUAUGGUUCGAGGAAUAUACAGUCAAAGCGUGAGCUCAUAGAGCAGAUCAUGCAAGAAAUUGAUGCAGAAGAAGGGAGAGUUUUGGAGACCACUACGCUGAGACUCGUGGAAGAGAUGAUAGCAAAGCUUAGUGUAUGACAUGAAAUUGCUUUUCUUCGAGUUUUAGAGUGUUUUGGUGGAGCCGAUGGGGUUAAUCAUUGAGAUAUUGGGAAGCUGUAACUUUUUUAAUGUAUAUAAAAUUGGGUUUCAACUAACAUAUUAUUGUCCCAGAACAUUGUGAGCCAUAAAAGAAAACACAAACCUAGCAGCAACUCUAUUUGCAAACUAUACACAAAGCUAAAUAAGCA